GUAACAUUGAAAUUGAUAUCAAAAUGAUAAAGAAGUUCUAAAAAAUACAUUGAAUGGUCUAUUCGUUGAAGUCUCGUUUUUUCGAUCUAUAAUCACGUGUAAAACGUGUGUGGAAAUUUUCUAGUUAUUUCGAAAGCAUGGCUACUGUUCAUAAAUUGCGGCUUGCAAUUAAAUUUGGAAAAAAUCUUUCAAGACCAUUGAGUCGAAGCUUUGAAAGAAAAAUUUUAGAAAAACAAUGUCAACGGUGUUUAGCUAUAAAUACAAAUAUCUUGGCGCAAAACUUUUCAUCUCAAACAGCAACUCAAACCACUGAAAUUCAUAAUAUUAUAAAAGAUGUUGAGAAAUCUACAGAGGAAGGUGUUAAACAUGAAUUUCGAUCAGAAACACAAAUGCUUUUACAAAUUGUUGCCAAAUCCUUAUAUUCAAAUAAAGAGGUAUUUCUUCGUGAAUUAAUUUCUAAUGCGAGUGAUGCACUUGAAAAAUUAAGAUAUAUACGUUUAAGUGAUUCCAAAGCUGCAGAAGUUAUUGGUGAUCGAAGUUUAGAAAUUCACCUUGGUACUGAUAAACAAAAUAGAACUCUUAUAAUUCAGGAUACAGGAAUUGGUAUGACUCGUGAAGAAUUAAUAUCAAAUUUAGGAACAAUAGCUCGGUCUGGUUCCAGAGCCUUCAUAGAAAAAUUAAAAGAGAAGCAAAAUAUUGGGGAUUCAUCUAAUAUUAUUGGACAAUUUGGAGUUGGUUUUUAUAGUGCUUUUAUGGUUGCUGAUAAAGUAGAAGUUUUUACAAAAUCAUAUGCAAAAGAUGCUGAAGAUCUUUAUUGGGUUUCUGAUGGUUCUAAUACAUUUAACAUCUCAAAAGCUGAAGAAGUUCAACCUGGAACAAAAAUUGUUAUACACUUAAAUAUGGAAUGCCGGCAAUUUAGUGAUGAAGAUACAAUUAAUCGUCUCAUUACUAAGUAUAGCAACUUUAUCAACAGUCCUAUUUAUGUUAAUGGCAAAAGAAUUAAUACUGUACAGCCAUUAUGGAUGCUUGAUCCAAAAGAUAUUACAUCUCUACAACAUAAGGAAUUUUAUAGAUUUAUUGGAAAUUGUUUUGAUUCUCCACGAUUUAUAUUACAAUACUCAACCGAUGUUCCACUUAAUAUAAGAGCUUUAUUAUAUUUUCCGGAACAGAAACCACCAUUAUUUGAUUUUUCUAAAGGUGAAACAAGUGGUAUCUCAUUAUAUAGCCGUAAAGUUUUAAUAAAAAAUAAAGUGGAAAAUAUUUUACCAAAUUGGAUGCGUUUCAUUGUUGGAGUGGUCGAUUCUGAAGAUAUUCCUCUUAAUUUAAGUCGCGAAUUAUUACAGAAUAGUAGUUUAAUUGGAAAAUUACGUAGUGUUCUAACUACACGAAUUUUAAAGUUUCUGAAUGAAAAAUCUCAGAAACAAAUUGAAGAUUAUAACAAAUUUUAUAAAGAUUAUAGUAUUUUUUUAAAAGAAGGUAUUGUGAGUACUGAUGUUCAGGAAGAAAAGGAAGCAAUAGCCAAUCUUUUACGAUUUGAAUCUUCUGCAAUGGCACCAGGUGAAUCAAUAAGUCUCGAAGAUUAUUCUAAACGUAUGCCUCCCGAUCAGAAAAAAAUCUAUUAUUUGUUAGCGCCAAGCCGCCAAUUAGCUGAACAAUCACCAUAUUAUGAAUCUCUAAAGAAACGUAACGUUGAAGUACUUUUUUGUUAUGAGGCAUAUGAUGAUGUUAUUUUCUUAAAUUUAAGAAAAUUUAAAUCUCAUACUUUAACUUCUGUUGAAGAAAAUUUAUGCGAAUCAAAUUCAAAAUCUGAUAGUCCUCAUAUUAUUAAUCAAGGUGAUAUUAAUAAUCUUAUGACUUAUAUGAGAAAAGUAUUAUCUGGAAAAGCAUAUGAUAUUAAGAUAACAACUCGACUUGAGUCACAUCCGUGUAUAAUUACAGUCCAAGAGAUGGCAAGUGCAAGACAUUUUGCCCGCGUACAAACUCGUCAAUUCGGAGAUGAAAUGUUAUAUUCUCUGCUUCGGCCAUGUUUUGAAAUAAACCCUAAUCAUUUUCUUAUCAAAAAACUUUGUGAAUUAAUAAAUAAUAAUACAAAAUUAGCGGAUCUUCUUAUAAAACAGUUAUUCACUAAUAGUAUGGUAGAAGCUGGUUUAAUUGACAAUCCACGUAUAUUAUUAGCAUCAAUGAAUGAAUUAUUGACUUUAGCAUUAGAAAAAAAUUAGUUUUGUAAUUUAAAAAAAAUUUGCAACAAUAUUUUUUUUAUAAGUUAUAGAUUUAUUGUAUAUAAUACAACCAUUUUAAAUAAAGUAAUUAUUUGAUAAUUA